UCGUUUUUCACGUCUUGGUUUGAACGUAGGAAUGGUGAUCCGAUGAGAGCUGAAAGAGAUUGGUAGUGGCGUAUUUGUGAGGUGAUUGCUUUUAGCAGAGGGCGAAGGAGAUAGAGAUAGAGAUAGAUAGAGAGAGAGAGAGAGAGAGAGAGAGAGAGAGAGAGAGAGAGAGAGAGAGAGAGAGAGAGAGAGAGAAAAGACGAAAAAGAAGAAGAAAAAGAAGAACAGAGAUUGUGAUCGAAACAAAUUUGAGGAUCGAGAUGGGUUUCUUCGGCACCAUAUUUAGUUUUUUUGGCUUUGGAUUUGGGAUUUCCAUGGGUCUUGCUAUCGGUUAUUAUCUCUUUAUUUAUGUUCAACCCAGUGAUGUGAAGGAUCCUGAAAUUAAACCAUUGACAGAGGAAGAUUCAGAAACUGUAGACCGAAUGAUUCCUGAAAUUCCACUUUGGGUAAAGAAUCCAGACUUCGAUCGGGUUGAUUGGCUUAACAAACUUAUUGAAUAUAUGUGGCCUUAUCUAAAUAAGGCUAUAUGCAAAACAGCAGAGACCAUUGCAAAGCCUAUAAUUGAAGAGCAAAUACCACAAUAUAAAAUUGAUUCCGUUGAAUUCGAAGAGCUAACACUAGGUUCCUUGCCGCCAACUUUUCAAGGAAUGAAAGUUUACGAGACCGAAGAGAAAGAAUUAAUCAUGGAGCUUUCUGUAAAAUGGGCAGCAAAUCCUAAUAUCCUUGUUGCAGUUAAGAAAUUUGGGUUGAAAGCAACGGUCCAGGUGAUGGAUCUGCAUGUUUUUGCUAUACCGCGUAUUACUUUGAAACCUUUGGUUCCAAGUUUUCCAUGCUUUGCCAAUAUUUUCGUGUCUCUCAUGGAAAAGCCAUAUGUUGACUUUGGGCUGAAGCUUGUAGGGGCUGAUCUUAUGUCUAUUCCUGUACUUUACAAGUUCGUUCAGGAGAUUAUCAAAGAUCAAGUUGCAAAUAUGUAUCUAUGGCCCAAAACUUUAGAUAUUCAAGUUAUAGAUCCAUCAAAGGCACAGAAGAGGCCUGUUGGAAUUUUAAAUACAAAGGUUAUAAGAGCAAUGAAGUUAAAGAAGAAAGAUCUUCUUGGUGCAUCUGACCCUUAUGUGCAGUUAACACUUACCGAAGACACUUUGACAUCGAAAAAAACUACUGUAAAGCAUAAAAACUUGAAUCCUGAAUGGAACGAAGAAUUUAGUUUGGUUGUUAAAGAUCCUGAGACUCAAGCUUUAGAGUUUCAAGUUUUUGACUGGGAACAGGUUGGGAAGCAUGACAAGAUGGGUAUGAAUAUUAUUCCUUUGAAAGAACUUACGGUUGAUGAACCUAAAGUUUUUACUCUUGAACUUUUGAAAAACUUGAAUCCAAAGGAUGCCCAGAAUGAGAAGUCUCGGGGACAAAUUAUUCUAGAAUUGACAUAUAAACCAUUUAGGAACGAAGACUUGGCCAAAAGUUUUAAGGAGCCACACCCUACAAAGAGUCCUCCCCAAGGGACUCCUCCUGGUGGAGGUUUACUUGUAGUUAUAAUCCAUGAAGCUCAAGAUGUUGAAGGAAAGUACCAUACCAAUCCACACGUACGCCUUAUUUUCAGAGGAGAAGAGAGAAGAACUAAGAUAAUAAAGAAAAACAGAGAUCCAAGGUGGGAAGAAGAGUUCCAAUUUUUGGUGGAAGAGUCUCCCAGUAAUGAUAAAUUACAUGUGGAAGUUGUUAGCACUUCCUCGCGAAGCCUUCUACGGCAAAAGGAAUCUUUGGGUUAUGCUGACAUUAGUCUUGCGGACGUUGUGACGAAUAAUAGAAUCAACGAAAGGCACCAUCUUAUAGACUCCAAGAAUGGUCGUAUCCAAAUAGAACUACAGUGGAGAGCUUCACAAGCUAAUUAACAGAAUUCUUUAUGAAUUUCCUCUUUUUUUCUUCUUUUGAGAGUUUA